CUGAUGCACUAACAUAAAAAAAUUCCCUAAGUUCAUAAAUACUUCUUAUGAAAACCUUCACCAGCCUUUAUUCUAGCUUUACAUAUUAUUUUGUAUAUAUAUUAAAUUAAAUUAAGUAAAUUAAUAUUAGUGUAAGGUUAAUUUGGAGAAUGCGCGCCAAAAUACGGGUGUAGAGGAUCACAAUUUUCUGAUGAAAGAUUUUAGAAAGUUAGUUACUAUAUUAUAUUCAACUAUAUGUAAAGUUAUUAAUUAAUCUAUUGAAAAAUGCCACUAAUAAAAAAACCUAUGCGUUAUGCACAUCCAGAGGGACACACAGAUGUUUGUUAUUUUACUGGUGAAAAGGGCGGGCUUGUUACUUGUGGAUCUGAUGGAGAUGUUCGAUCCUGGUUAAAUCUAAUGGAUGAUGAUCCAAGUGCAUGUUGUGUCUCAGAACAAGCUAUAUCAGUUGUAUCAAAGAAUGGAAAAAUAUUUGUUGGCAAUGAUAAUAAUACAAUUCAAGUUCUUAGUUAUCCAGAUCUUGAAAAAGAAGGAAUAGUUACUAGAUUUUCAGCACCUGUUUCAGCAUUAGCAACAACAAAAAAUAGUAAUAUUAUAGUCUCAGGAGGAUGUGAUAUGAGAAUACAAGUUACGGAUAUUAAUACAUCAGAUAACAUAGAACUAAUAGGUCAUGAAGCUCCUAUACUAGGUUUGUCUUUGGAUCCAAAAGAAGAGUUUGUGGCAUCAUCAAGUGCAGAUGGUACUAUACGAGUAUGGAAUAUUAAAGAAAAACGUGUUGCAAAUAUUUGGGCCAAUGUUGUGCCCAAAUGUAAUUCAUUUUUUACAGCUAAAAUGUAUAAUGUACCUUCAUUUCAUCCUAAGGAUGGAAGUUACCUUGCAUAUCCUAAUGCAAAAGAUGUAGUUAUAGUUGAAAGAUCUUCUUGGAAGGAAUUGUUCCGUUUAAAAUGUAUUAAUAUGAAAACUGAAAUUAAUAUAUGUAAGUUUUCUGAAUGUGGCACAUUAUUAGCUGCUAGUUCAGUACAAGGAGAAAUAGUUGUUUGGGAUGUAAAAAGUAAAGAAUUAAUUGGCUAUAUUGGGCAUCAACAGAAUGCUAAAAUUACUGCAUUAUCUUGGAAUAUUGAUAAAUCAGAUGAAAUUGCAUUCUGUGAUUCUUUAGGCCAAUUAGGAUGUAUUGAUGUUAUAAUUCCCAAUAGGACAACAAGUAAUGAAUUACCUUUAGAAACAAAUGGAGAUGUCGAAGAUAGUAAUGUUGAUAUUCCAGAAGAUGAUGAUAAUGACGAUGGCGAAAAUGUUAUAUCUUUAAACAAAAUUAAAGCAUCAAUAGAACCUGAAGAUGAUCAAAAAAGUUAUUCUGAUAUAGCGUCUGAAAAAUCACACUGUGAUGCAAAUGUUUUUGUACCUGAAAUUCAUUUACAACCACCAUUUCAACCUGGUUCAUCACCAGUACAUUUGUUAUCUCGAUUUAUGGUGUGGAAUGAUACGGGUAUGGUAAGAUGUUUUACAUCUGAAGAUGGAGACGAAUCUAGUAUUGAAGUAGAAUUUCAUGAUGCAGCAGUACAUCGUAGUAUGCAUAUCAAUAAUUACUUAAGGCACACAAUAGCUGCUUUAUCACCAGAAGCAUUUGCAUUAAAUUGUCCAUCAAGUAGUGAUACACGAAGCAAACUUGUUGUAAUAGCAUUACAAGGUUGGGGUUCUGGAAAUAAGGAAUGGUCAUUAGAUCUUCCUGAAGAUGAAGAAGGACAUUGUAUUGCAGCUGGUGAUAAUUUUGUAGCACUUGCAACGUCCAGGAGACAUUUAAGAAUUUUUACUGUAGGAGGCACCCAGCGUGAAAUUGUAGCUCUGCCGGGUCCUAUAGUAGCAAUGAAUGGACUGAAAAAUAAUUUAGUACUUGCUUAUCAUACUGGAACAGGGGCGUCAGGAGAUCAGUGUAUGAAUUUACUGUCAAUUCAAAUUCGGGGAGUAAAUUUAAUUAGUCGAACAAUAUGUCUUCCUUUGUCAUCAUCAUCAGAAUUAAUGUGGUUAGGAAUCACCGAUUUUGGAUCCCCUAUAACAAUGGAUGCUGAUGAUGUUAUAAGAGUAUAUAAUAAAAAGUCUUCUUUAUGGAAAGUGGCCAGUGAUAUGAGUGAACAAUCUAAGGGUAAAGCAGACCAUUAUUUUAUAAUUGGAAUAAGCGAACAACAAAGUAUCGCUCGUUGCAUUUUAUGCAAGGGAAGUCAUUAUCCGCCAACUACACCUCGCCCAGUAAUAACAGAAGUAUCGUUACGUCUGCCGCUUUGUGAACCUGAAACUGAGAAAACGGAAAAAGAACUAAGAUUAUGGAAGUUAGGAACCAGUCCUCCAGAAGAGAAUGAAGCAGUGCUGUCUCUUAUUGCGCUUGCUUGCCGAAGUAAUUUGGAGUAUCGAGCGGUAGAACUAUGCGAACAAAUCGCUUCAGAAAAAGUUAUAGAAUUGGCAAUUAAAUAUGCACGAAGAAUAAAUCGAAUAGCUUUAUCCAAUAAAUUGGAGUCGAUUGCUGAUAUGAAGGUAGAAGAAAAGAAGGAGGACAUAGAAAAUAAUGACAACAAUGAUGAAAAUAUCAAUAAAAGUGACGAUGAAGAACUAAAUAAUGAUAUCGAAGAGCCCACACCUUUAUUAAUUAUUACGAAAAAGCCAGAUAUAGAAAUUAAACCAUUAUCUAUGACUGAAUCAUUAUCAAUAAGAAGAAGUAAUCCUUUUUUAAAAAGUGGAAAUUCUCCGGCGACGAAAGGAUUAGCUGGGUUAGAAAUAGCUCCGGAAAAACCACAGAAAUUAACAGCACUAACACCUAUACCUUUAAAGUCGAAAACAAAAGAGGCAAAAGAUGGACCAAAGAAAGAAACGUUUAUCAGUUGGUACGCUAGAAAUAAAAAAAAUUUGCAGGAGGAAUUUCCCGAGUUGAGUGCUGCAGAUUUAACAAAAACUGCCUUGGCAAGAUACAAAGAAGAAAGUACAGGUUCACAAAACUACAAUACUUCGGAGACCUCGGAAUCGAAAAAAAGAAAAUUAAGUCUGGAGAAUGAACAAAAUAACGAACCAAAACGUUCCUCAAGUAAAAUGCUUAGCUCGUUUGCAUUUGACAAAUGAAUACCUAUUUAAAAUGUAAAAAAAAUACAAUUUUAUAAUUUUAUACAAUUAA